GCUGAAUUUAAACGUUUAGAAGUGUUUAAAAUUGAGGACAAUGUAUUUCUUAUGGGUGACGUCAUAUUAAACGUUUAAAUUUAAACACAUGGGUUUACCCUGAACGUCGUCAAACGAAACAUGAGCUGGCAUUUGUUUCCUUGGGGGGAAAGGUUAUCCCCAUUGUUAUGUCUAAGCGAGGAGAUGUUAUGGCUAGACGUAUUAAUGUUUAAAAUACUGUCGCGUUGGUAAAAGUUGGAUCUUAGUCAGGAGUUAAGCGGAGGUUGGUUAAAGGGAUAGCGCCUUUAUUAUAUGUAGUAUGUUUAGGUAGAUAACUUAGUUUCUUACCUUGUUAGGACAGGAUUUCAGAAGAGAUUUUACCAAACAGUCUCAGGUGUUUGCACUUUAUUAAGAUUUAUUGUUGAAAGAUAAGUUUAUAAUGCGUAGCUAAGAAUAAUUCCGGUUACGAGUAGCCGUGUAGCGAAACUUAGAAAUAACUAAAUCAGUAUAAGUACGAGUAUGAGUAUUAGCUUGAGUCUAAGCUGCCGCGGAUCCUGAUCCAGCCUUUUUAUACCAUAGGCUGAUGUGCCCCUCCCCUUGUUUUUGCCAAAUUAAUAUGCGGUGAGUAAUGUUCACGGAAAUAUUAUGGAGAACGUGCUUAGCCUAAUCUAUCUCGCUAGAUAGAUGUACAAAUGUUCCCGGGAGGGUUGAUACGAUAGGAAGUUAAAUAACUGAUACCCGAUUAGUUUGAUACACCUCGCUUGCAUAUCCUCGAUCUGAGUUUUACGCGUGCGCGCGCAUUUAUGACAUUUACCAAAAUUAAGUACGGAGCUUUCGUCAAUUAUAAGUCGUUAUGUCACGGCUUAAUGGAUUACAACAAAACAUACCUCUAGAACUAAAUAGAAACAACCAUCCAAAUUUUCCUUAAUCAUCUCCUUUUUUUCAAAUCUUGCUUUUUGAUGAAAAUUUGUAGAUGCAAACAAUUGAAAAAUACAAAUUGAAAUGAUAAUUACAAUAAUAGAAUAAAAAAGACACGACAACAGUUAUUCGUCAUACAUGCAAAUGACAGCGCACGUGCUGACAGUAGCAGACGACAGUCAGCUGAUGCAUACAACUCGCAAGCCAUGCAAACAUAUAUUAGCGCCUAAACAACGCACUAACUUCGUUAUUUUCUCUGAAUCGCAAUUAAAAAGUAUACGUUGAGCCACGUCAUAAUUAUUUAAUUUUGAGCAAAGUAAUCGUGGAUGAUCAUGACGACUGCCCCGUGGACGCACUUGCAGCGCGUGCAAAGGCUUUACAAAGUUGUUUUGAGGUUACAUCGAGGCUUGCCUACGGAAAUCAGGGAAUUGGGCGAUGUUUACGUCAAGGACGAGUUUCGCAGACACAAGCACUGUAAUCCCGCCGAGGCUAAUGUGUUCCUUAACGAAUGGGCUGACUAUGCAAUUAAUUUAUCUGAGCAAUUGGGUUUACGAGGACCUAAAACAGCAAAGACUCUUGGGAAACCAUUAGAUCCAGAAGAUUUAAAUAAAUUAAGAGAUGAACAAGUUCAUCAAUUGUACGAGUUGAUGAUCCAUGCAACAGGACAGGCCAAGGAAGAUGAUGAAAAAAAAGAUAAACAAGAAGAAGGAAAGAAGACCUGACCCUUUGCUUGCUUAAAUUUAGAUUCAAAUAAUAGGACUAUUUUAAUGAAAUGAGUUGAAUAAUUUUUGUUGAUCAUAUAUUUCAAAUAGUUCUAAAGUUUGUGUUUACAGAAAAGUUAAUAAAUAUGAAUUCAUUCAAUGUAAUUAUUUUAUGUUGGUGGUGCCAUCUGUUUAAUAAUUAAUCAAUCCUGUACGCUCUACCACAUGGCUAAAGUCUAACCAUGCUGUCAAAUUACUCAAGUUGAAGUUUCAUUCUUUUGUAAUUUUAUACUUGUGACAAAAUAUAUGGCUGUGAAUGAUAUGUACAUAGUUAAUAAAUACACAAGUUGACCAUUACUCAACUUUAAGAGCACUUAAAUAUUUAAAGCUUAUUUAUUUUUAAGUAG